ACUCUUUUUCCCCACUGACCUUGCCCCUUCCCUCUUUACUUCCUUUCUCCUGUAUUCCACUGCUCCCUUCUAUAGUCAAGGUUUUAAAAAUGACUCUCCAGUGAAUCAUCAAGCCUGAGAAAAAACAAACAAACAAGCAAUUAAACAUAAAUCAAUCCCCUUUAUCAUCCACCCCAAGGCUAUAUGUGCUGCUUUCAACAUAGCAUUUAGUAGCACUUGACCUACAGGCAAUUCACUGUGGACUUUGAUCUGACUGACCGUCUUUUUGGGUAAGAGUUUAAAUGUGUUGAAAAACCUUGGCUGUCUUUAGAGCAUCCAGUUCCCAGAUUCAGAUCAGGAGAAGGUCCAGGUCAUGGCUCCUGCACUCCAAAUAACCCUGGUAGCCCUCAUCUUCCUGCUGCUUAAACCUACAUGUUGCAGCAGCAGCAACAUCCUGGUGGUGCCGGUUGACGGCAGCCACUGGGUCAACAUGAAGGUGAUUCUGCAGGAGCUGCACUCCAGAGGCCACAACAUCACUGUGCUGCGCUCUUCCAAGAGCUGGUACAUUCCCAGUACUUCUACUUUUUACACUGCGGUUAAUGUGAGCAUGCUGGAGGACGAAUCAGAUAAAAACUUUUACAGUAAAAUGCUGCAAGAUGUCUUUGAAUGUCGCAACUUGCUGACGUUUAUACGGACCUUGCGGCAACAACAUUUGCUCAUGAAGAAAUUAGCCAGAGGAAAUAAGAUCAUGGCCAGAGCGGCGGCUUUAAUGUUGGACGAUCCUGUGUUCAUUAAAAAGAUGCAGGACGUCCACUUUGACCUCAUGCUAACAGACCCCGCUCUAAAUCUUGGAGUCCUCCUAGGGAGUUACCUGAAGCUGCCGAUGGUUUAUAACGUUCGUUGGAUUAACGUUGGUGAGGGCCACUUUAGUAUAGCGCCCUCUCCUGUCUCCUACGUCCCUGUGCCCGGUAGUGAACUCAAUGAUAACAUGGGUUUUCAGGACAGAAUCAAGAAUAUGCUACAUUAUCUCUACAACGCUGUGACUCUACACUUCAUCAUUAACCCUUACUAUUCAGACCUGCUCCAGCGUCACUUUCCUCCUGGCACUGAUCUGUUGUCCCUCCAGCAGAGGGCAGAUAUCUGGCUAAUUAGGACGGACUUUGUAUUUGAGUUCCCUCGACCCACUAUGCCCAAUGUAGUUUAUAUAGGAGGGUUCCAAGCGCAAAGGGCUAAACACCUCCCCACUGAGCUAGAGGACUUCAUGCAGAGCUCUGGAGACCAUGGUGUGGUGGUCAUGUCUCUGGGCACAUUCGUGCACGGCCUUCCUCGGGACACCACCGAGGCCAUUGCUGCAGCUUUUGCUGAACUCCCUCAGAAGGUAGUGUGGAGGUUUACAGGAGAAAGGCCUUCAUCUUUGGGGAACAACACCCUCUUGGUUGAUUGGAUGCCUCAGAACGACCUUCUAGGACAUCCAAAGACUCGGGCGUUUGUUGCCCACGGAGGCACCAAUGGCAUGUAUGAAGCCAUCUACCAUGGUGUUCCUGUCCUGGGCCUGCCACUCCUUUUUGACCAAUUUGACAAUGUGGAACGUUUAAAGGUGCGUGGGGCAGCUCGGAUGUUGGAGGCUGGGUUUCUCACCAAAGAAAACUUUCUAGAAGCCUUAAAGGACGUCUUAAGCAAUCCUUCCUACAGAAGAAACAUCCAGCUCCUCUCCCAGCUACACCGUAACCGACCUAUGUCUCCAAUGGACACUGCUAUCUUUUGGAUUGAAUAUGUCAUCAGGAACAAAGGAGCUGCCCAUCUGCAGUCAGUAGGCUCCACUCUGCCGUGGUACAUCUACUACAGCCUGGAUGUUGCUCUUGUACUAAUGACCAUCAUAGUGGCCUUCAUGUGGACUGCAGUCUUCACCUGUAGACUUAUAUGCUGCAGAAGGUUCAGUAGGAAGAUGAAAGAAGAAUAACCAAUAAAGACGUCCAGCCAUUUCCUGCAUUUUUGCAAAACCAAGUUAAUUCAAUGAGAUUUAAUCACUAACUAUUCACACCAUCACUUUUUAACCUUUAGAAAGAUGUAAACAAAUGUAAGAUAGAUGCAAAUCAUUAGGAAUUUGGUUUAGAGUCGUGUUCAUAAAUAAUCCGCAAAUUUGUAGCCAGUAGUGUCAAGCAAACUCUGCUACUCUACUUCUAAGUACCCUAGUACUGCUACUUCUAUACUGUACUGUACAUGCAUGCUGCAGGAGGUUCGGGAGGAAGAUGAAAGAAGAAGAAAUAAUUUGGGAACCAUAUGUUGCCCACACAAUGUACCCAUGCCCACUGUGUAGCCACACAAUUUUACAAUACUUUUUUUCAAUGUAGGCCAUAAUAUUUAAUAUUCAGUCAUUUAGUUUGAUUUGUCAUAAAAGUAUCCCAACUA